GCACCGUGCCCGUCUUCCUGCCACCGGCAGCCUCGUGAGCCCCCCGGUCCCCCUCUCGCCAGGCCUUCCGUAGCGGUGGAGGCAGGUGCGUUCUCCAACGGCCAAUGAGGAGGCCUCUGCACGGCACUGACGUCAGCCCCAUCGCUCUCAGCCUUUCUCGAGGACAGUGACUUGGUUGCCAGGGCGACGGAAGAACAUACUCCCCAGGCUGACUCUCCUGGCUUGACAUCGAGGCCGUAACACCGCCUGGAUGUCUGUCUCGCAGCUCCCAGGCUGGCUGGUGGCAUGGAGAGGAGAGGCCUAGCCCUGCGGAAGGAGUGCCUGUGAACCACAAAGCAAAUGGACAUCAAAGGUCAGUACUGGACUGAUGAUGAUUCUGAUGGAGAAAAUGAGUCGGAGGAGUUCUUGUAUGGAGUACAGGGGACCUGUGCGGCGGACCUGUACCGUCACCCGCAGUUGGAUGCUGACAUUGAGGCCGUGAAGGAACUGUACAGUGAGAAUUCUGUGUCUGUCCGCGAAUAUGGGACCAUUGACGACGUGGAUAUUGACCUGCAUAUAAACAUCGGCUUUCUAGAUGAAGAAGUGGCGACAGCCUGGAAGGUCCUUCGGACCGAGCCCAUUGUCCUCCGACUGCGGUUCUCUCUUUCCCAGUACCUGGAUGGCCCCGAACCGUCCAUUGAAGUUUUCCAGCCAUCCAAUAAGGAAGGGUUUGGACUGGGCCUACAGCUGAAGAAGAUCCUGGGAAUGUUCACAUCCCAGCAAUGGAAACACCUCAGCAACGACUUCCUCAAGACCCAGCAGGAGAAGCGGCACAGCUGGUUCAAGGCCAGUGGCACCAUCAAGAAAUUCCGUGCCGGUCUCAGCAUCUUCUCACCCAUCCCCAAGUCUCCCAGCUUCCCUGUCAUCCAGGACUCCAUGCUGAAGGGCAAACUCAGCGUCCCAGAGCUGCGAGUCAACCGCCUCAUGAACCGUUCCAUCUCCUGCACCAUGAAAAACCCUAAGGUGGAAGUGUUUGGCUACCCUCCCAGCACCCAGGCAGGUCUUGUUUGCACUGAGCAUCUUGGGGUUUAACCUUGACUUUCUACUAGUCCUUAUGUUGGUGGCCACUGCAAAAACAUUCCUACUUUGGAGUAUGGGUUCCUCGUGCAGAUCAUGAAGUAUGCCGAGCAGAGGAUCCCUACCCUGAAUGAGUACUGUGUGGUGUGUGACGAACAGCACGUCUUCCAGAAUGGAUCCAUGCUGAAGCCAGCUGUGUGCACACGGGAGCUGUGUGUCUUCUCUUUCUACACUCUGGGUGUGAUGUCCGGUGCUGCAGAAGAGGUGGCCACAGGAGCAGAGGUAGUGGACCUGCUGGUGGCGAUGUGCCGAGCCGCCUUGGAGUCUCCUCGCAAGAGCAUCAUCUUUGAGCCUUACCCCUCUGUUGUGGACCCCAGUGACCCUAAGACCCUUGCCUUCAACCCCAAGAAAAAGAACUAUGAGAGGCUGCAGAAGGCUCUGGACAGUGUCAUGUCGAUCCGUGAAAUGACCCAAGGUUCCUACCUGGAGAUCAAGAAACAAAUGGACAAGUUGGACCCUCUGGCCCAUCCUCUCCUGCAAUGGAUAAUCUCCAGCAACAGGUCUCACAUCGUCAAGCUACCUCUCAGCAGGCAGCUGAAAUUUAUGCACACCUCUCACCAGUUCCUCCUCCUGAGCAGCCCCCCUGCCAAGGAAGCCCGCUUCCGAACAGCCAAGAAGCUCUAUGGCAGCACUUUUGCCUUCCAUGGCUCUCACAUUGAGAACUGGCACUCCAUUCUGCGCAACGGGCUGGUCAAUGCAUCCUACACCAAACUGCAGCUGCAUGGAGCAGCCUAUGGCAAAGGCAUCUAUUUGAGCCCCAUCUCGAGUAUUUCCUUUGGAUAUUCAGGGAUGGGGAAAGGCCAGCACAGGAUGCCCUCCAAGGAUGAGCUGGUGCAGAGGUAUAACCGAAUGAACACCAUCCCCCAGACUCGAUCCAUCCAGUCCAGGUUCUUGCAGAGUCGCAAUCUGAAUUGCAUCGCACUUUGUGAAGUGAUCACGUCAAAGGAUCUCCAGAAGCACGGCAACAUCUGGGUGUGUCCAGUGUCGGACCACGUCUGCACUCGCUUUUUCUUCGUGUAUGAAGACGGCCAAGUUGGAGAUGCCAACAUCAAUACUCAGGACCCCAAAAUCCAAAAGGAGAUAAUGCGUGUGAUUGGCGCUCAGGUCUAUACAAAUUGAGGGGGUGGAGGACCCUGUUCCUUCAGCUUGUGCCAAUGUUGCCCCUGCCCCUCCAUGGGUAGAAGGAAGCCAGAGGUCAGAGGCUGCCAACGAAGCGAUGAUAACCCUUGCUGUCUGGAGACCUGGAUCCACAGGAGGGGGCAAAGGGGCAACCAGUGUCAUUUCUGGGCAGCAGAGGCCGCGGGAGCACCUCUGGAAGGGUGGAAGUGGAUCUACCCAGCCUGCACCUAGAAUAUACAGAGAAACUCUCCAAUGGGGGGACUUGGACCAAAUCCCAAGGACAGUUGGGGUGGCUGACUUUGCGCUCCCACGUUUACAAUGAAAACAUUUUUAACAAUGAAAACAAGCAAAAAACAAACAAAAAGAGACAGAGAGAAUGGGAGAGAGUGAGAGAGCGCAAAUGGUUUUAGCUUGUUAAAAUUCUCUUUAAAAAAAGAAGCUCUGAUUGC